AACUUUGAAGAAGUAAUGGCUCGUUCACCAGAAGCGAAAUACACACGGCAGUGUAGUGUGAAUGUAGCAAACUUUGUGACGGUGAGGCCAGGUAGUGAGGGAGUUGAUAAAAUAAACAAAUUCAAUAUAUGGAAACAACAGAUGAUUUGCCUUCUGGAGAGCCAGGAGUUGAUGGAUUUCGUCAACGAUGAAAUCGUGGCGCCGGAGAAAGAGAAGAGUGAGCAGUACAAGCUGUGGAGAAGAACGGACAGUCUCGUCAAAGGAUGGAUUCUUGGAUCGGUCGGUACAGACGUGCUGCACCAACUGCUGGACAAUGAAACUGCAAGGGACGUUUGGGAUCAAUUAUUGAACAGCAUUUUCAAACAACAUCAACAACAACCCAGAGAGAUCGGUGAAGAUUAUAGUAGAUAUUUGCCACUAUACCAAGCAUUAAUGAAAGAUGAGUGGCAGACCGCAUGGAAUACCUUCCCAGGCAUAAACAACUUAGGCACCACCAUUAUCACUUCGUCUUCCGAAACAAUUCUCCACAUAGCCGUAUUGGCAGGAAAAUCAAACGACUUGGUGAAACAGUUGGUGGAAGUGAUGCCACCGACAGCGCUAGCCCUCAAGAAUUCUGGUGGGGAAACUGCCUUACACAACGCUGCCACUGUUGGAAAUACAGCAGCAGCAUCUGUUUUGGUUGACAAAAAUCCAAAUUUGCUGCAUAUUGUAUGCAAUGACAAACAGUUGCCGGUGCACACAGCAGCCAUAAAUUGCCAUAAGGAAACACUACAAUAUUUGAUAUCCCAACACCAACACGAGUCUAACUCCAACACUCACCCUUUUUUAUUUGAGGGCCAGCUUGGCGUCGGCUUCUUGAAUGCAAUAAUAGCUUCUGAAUAUGUUGAUAUUGCAUUGGAUUUGGCUCAGAAAUAUCCAAAUUUGACUAAAAUAGUAGACGAGGAUGGCGAUUCCGCACUAUCAAUCAUUGCUCAAACCGACACCUUAUUCCCAAGGACAGACACUUUCACCUGGUGGCAAAUUUUUUUUUACCGUCGUAUUCCAAUAAAAGCCAUUUUUGAAGUAGAAGCUGGUGACACGAUACAUGCGGAUGCAACCCGUGACAUUGAAAAUGCAAUUAAGCAUGGUGCAGGGCAGUACUCCAACUCCUUUCACAUUUUCUCUCGAGUAGGGAAGAAGUUGGAAUACAUGAUUUGGUCUGUCAUCGAAUAUUUAGUGCCUAAACUGAAGGAGCUGAGGGAGAAGAAAUCAACACAUGCACAAGCACUACAACUUGCAAAGCACUUAUGCAACAAAAUAGUGACUUUGCCUGAAAAUGAGGCUUUAACGAUAUUUGAGAAGUCUAUACAUCAGGCGGCAAUCUAUGGGAUCAGUGAGCUUGUGGAAAUGAUAAUAGACAAAUAUCCUUCGACUAUUUAUUAUAGAGACCCUGACACAGACAAGGAUGUGUUUCUGCUAGCAGCAACCUAUCGCUUUGAGAAUGUUACCAACCUCUUAUAUAAUAUGAACGACCGCAGAUACAUAUUAGGCAGCUCCACGGACGACCAGGACAACAAUUUACUACACAUAUGUGGAAAACUAGCCCCUUCUUACAGGCUCAAUCUUGUAGCUGGUCCCGCUCUACAGAUGCAGCGCGAAUUGCAAUGGUUUAAGGAGAUGGAAAAUUUUGUCCCUGCUUCACGCAGAACUUGGAUCAACAAGAAAAAGCAAACUCCUCAGAUGUUAUUCACAAAGGAGCACGAAAAGCUAAAAGAAGCUGGAGAGAAGUGGAUGAAAGACACGGCUAAUGCAUGUACCAUCGCGGCAGCACUUAUUGCAACAGUCAUGUUCGCUGCAGCUUUCACUGUUCCCGGUGGGAUUGAACCUACAUCUGGCAAGCCACUUCUCUCAAAAAAACCUUCAUUCAUGUUUGCAGUGUCGGAUGCCAUAUCCUUGUUCACUUCCAUAACUUCUCUGCUUUUGUUCCUCUCCAUCCUGACUUCACGUUAUGCAGAAGAGGAUUUCUUGUAUGUUUUACCAAAGAGGUUAAGCAUGGGCCUUCUUAGCCUCUUUGUGUCCAUUACAUUUAUGCUGGUUGCGUUUAGUGCUACGCUCUAUCUGGUGCUUCAAAGAGAUGUGGCGUGGUUUGUGGUGCUUCUCACAGGCUUCGCUUGCCUUCCCAUUACAUCAUUUGUGCUGCUACAGUUCCCACUCCUUGUAGACGUCAUCUCUUCAACUUAUGGCCCUGGUAUUUUCAGUAAGAAGACCAACCGUCUUAUGAUCUAAUAAACGAUCAUAUGUGUUUUCUCUAUUUAGCUCAUAUUUAAUAUUAGACCAUUCUAUUUCAAUUUGCCAUGGAUGUUUUUCUUAAGAAGAUUAAGUGGUUUGCACUUUAUUUAUAACUUAUGGGUUUGUUUAA